AUCACCACCACCCCUCCUUCGCUCAUCGGCAUCCUCGCUCUAUCAAGCCCAUAGCGUUUACGAUGGCCACAAAGCAAGCACCGACACGUCAAGCCAUCACCCUGAAAGGGUCUACCAACCUCGUCACUGAGUUCUUCAAAUAUGCUGCCAACACGAUCCUCUUCCAGCGUGGCGUGUACCCCUCAGAUGACUUUCAUAUGGUGAAGAAGUAUGGGCAGACGGUCCUCGUCACGCAGGACCUGGCGCUAGAGAACUAUCUCGAUAGAAUCUUGUCGCAAGUCAACAAAUGGCUGCUCACCGGGUCAGUCACCCAGCUCGUCCUCGCCAUCAUCUCGAAAGACUCGAGAGUAACGCUGGAGCGAUGGGUGUUCGACGUUAACCUCGUGGAGCCUCCGGCUGACUCUACAACCCCCUCUGCUCCCAAGCCGGAGUCCGAAAUCCAAGCCGAAAUCCGCUACAUCCUGAAGCAAAUCGUGUCAACUGUGACCUUCCUGCCCAUCAUCGAUGAACCCACCGUGUUCAACAUCCUUGCCUACACGCACGAGUCAGCCGAUGUUCCAGCGGACGAGUGGGUCGACACGGACCCGCUCGCCAUCGAGGCGAGCAAGAGCCAGCAGGUGAAACUGCGCAGCUUCAGCACGGACGUGCAUCGCAUCGAAGCCAUGGUCGCCUAUCGGUAUGAGGGGUAGAUUUCGUUCAAGCCCUGUGUUUCUUGUAUUUCUUGCACUCGCUACCUUAACUCGCUAUGAUUGUAAUGGACAGGGUCUCACGUUUGCUACGGUAUUCGGUGCUCGUCGUCGAUUGGCUCCGCUGGGCAGUGCUUUUCACAGGCUUUUACCGGCCAGUCAUUCGCUCCACUUGGCACUGCCACUCAACACACCAUUAUACGCGAGCCACAGACCCGGGUCUCGCGGUCACCGAUUCCACCAUUGAAUGUUAAGACUUGACAUGGGUCGAACUCC